UGCACACGAUCAAACAUUUUCAUAUUGCGCAUUUGUUGUUGGAAGAAUUCGUACGAAUAUUAUUAAGAGAUUUUGUUGAAUCUAGACAUGCACGAAUUACUCUUACUCUUUGUCACGACACUGAUGCUGUGUCAUAUACACGGAGAGCCCAACAUCACGGAAGUAACAUGUAAAGCCGGACCAGAAUAUACCUUUACAAUUGAAGGGCAAACUAACACAGGUGUCAUUUUUGUCAGUGGCGUAUGUGCGUCAAAGACAACAGAUACAGCAAUUUCUGAAUAUACAUUUGCAAAUGCCGAUUGUAAUGGUUCUGCCCCGGCACUGGGAAGCGAAAUGAUUGUAGUAGUACAAGAAAUUGAAGACAUCAACACAAAAAGAGACUUCAAGGCUAACAUUACGUGUAGCCUUGACACAGGGUCAGUUAUAACAGAAGUGACUGUACAAACAGCAGGAGACGACGAUAAAAAGACAAUAACUGCCACUGUCAAACCAACGUUCAUCAUUCAAAUGGUAGAUCAGGGAACUACUGUUCCAGUAUCCUCGGGAGAAAUUGGCCAGGCUGUAAACAUUACACUAGAGAUGGAUGCUGAUUACCAAAGUACAUUCAUGUUCCAGAUCGAAAAGCUUGAGGUGAAAACAUCGUCUGCCUCUACAGAUGUGAUUUCAAAUGGGUGUACGGAUAAGAAGUAUAAAGAUGUUGUCUUUCCACAACCGGGUCCACCUACAGCUACAAAUAUGAACUUUCCAUUUAAUUUAUUUUUGCCAUCGGAUACAUCUGGCAAUACUCCUGUGGUCCAGGAUACAUCUUCUAUCGCUGUGACAUACACUUUUACCAUCCAAGUAUGUGUUAUUGGUGAGUGUACACAGCUUUGCAAAGCCCGUCGGCGUAGAAGUGUUGACUCCACAAUCGAGACGGUACAGUACGCAACCUCUGUGACCAUAUACCCUGCAGGUCAGAGGAGAGUGACUAACCAACCAAAAACCAACACAGACACAAACACCCAAGUAUGUUUAGCCCAGGCAUCCUUCUAUGCUCUCGCUGUUUCCCUCCUAGCCGCCCUCGCCGUCUGCAUAGGCAUCAGUGCAUGCAUGUGUUAUCGUCUGAAAAAUAAGCCUGGCUACAUGGACAAGGAUGCAUCUUACAAGAACAAGGCAUUUAAUUAUUGAGAUUGUAGUGAAGAAGAAAGAUAUUGCAUCAAGAAAAAAAACUACUCCAGAUGUGUGUUUUUCCUUAUAAACAAUCUUUCAUUCUAUUAUAUACCUAAACAUGUUCUAUCUGAAAUUCAGCCUAUAAUUCACUAAAUACGAAGCCCUUUAUUUAAAUAGGUCACCGUUCUAAACGAGUUUUCAGUUGUAUUUGUCUAAAGCAAUAGUAUAUUUAGACUUUUUUUAUUCUAUAUAACGGCAUAAAUAACUGUAUGUGUGUAACAAACAAACAAAAUGGGUCAUUAAAGCAUAACUUUCAUCUGUAAUCUGAAUGCAUUUGGCUGUCGUGGAUUUUACCAGACCGAAACCGCUUCAUGGGAUCCAGGUCAGGAAAAAUCCAAUCAAACCGAAUACAACAUUACAGAUCAAGGUACCACAGUAAUAACCAUAUUCUAUUUUUGUCAGUAAAAUAUAUAAAUGGAUAUUUUGGGAGCACAAAAUGCAGCGAAGCAAAACAAUAACAGACUUGGCUUGACUGAGUCUGCAUAUGAGAGGUAUAAAAUGUACAAAACCCCCACGUCCCCUAGCACCGGCUUAAACAGAACUCUUUUAUAGAUAUUGAUUGCACUAUGUGAUCCCAAAGGACCAGGACAUCUAACAUCACUUAAUUCAAGUGCGAGGUUUUCGAGUUUAAUUUCUUAAUAUUUAUCUAAUUAGCUGCAUUCGUGGUUUAUUAUGUACAGUGUUAGUAAUUCCAUGUACAUGUACAUCUUGAAAUGCACAUAUAUAUUUAAGUUUCGUUGCUAAUCACUGGAAUUUAUAAGUGAAAAGGUGUCUUGUUCACGUUAGCACGCACAAACACGCGCAUAAAUGCAUACAUAAGCUUACAUAUAACCAGAAGAAUCUAUUAUACGUUUCUGUUUUUCAUUUGUUAGCUUUUCAUUCGUUUCCAAGCUAUGUUGUUUUUUUGUAAAACAUCACUGUUUUGUAGCAAUAAACUAUCUACAACUGCGACUAUCGCAACGGCAAUGAAAGACCUCUGAUGUAUAACUUACGUAUAAGUUGUCCUUUACCAAUUACGAAUACAAACUUAAGAUUUUGAUAAUGAUACUCGAAAUUUAAAACAGACUUCCUUUUAAAAAAAUAGCGAAACUGGCUGACUCGCGACUUCUUAUAAUUAUAGACCAAAUUUUCUUUACGUCUCUAUGAAACGCUCCUAUGGCGAUAUUGUUAUUUUCUCUGUUAUUGUUUUAAAUGAAUUGCUAUUUUCAAUGAUAUUUUUAUUAUGUAUUGAUUCGCUUAUCUUAUAUAUGCCUGCUUUUCUUUGUAUUGUUAUUCUUUAGAACAUUAUCCCUAAACUAUCAUACUUUAAUUUUUCAUGAAAGGAGAAAUUAGAGUAUCUUUUAAAACGUGACAUUUUAAUCAGUACAUUUCAAUCUUGACUUGAAGCUAGACCUACACUAAACCGAUACAAGAAAUCUUUGCAAAUGAAAUACAUUGAAAAAUAAACGAGAUAAAUAUAUCAAUUAAAUUUAGAAUUAAACAUGAUUUUACUAAUAUAUUAUUCAGUUGUAACUCUCAUCGAAAAAAAAAAACUAUACACUUUUUACUCUUGAACGAGGGAUAAUUGAUAUACAUUGUUUUUGUACAUAGGGUAUUUAUUGGUUUGUAAACAAGAAAAUUUAUUAUCUUAUCAAUUUCAUAUCACUUUGUUUAAAUUCUUUUACUCCUCCCCCAACCCCCCCCCCCCCCCCCCCCCUCCACCAGUCCCCCACACACCGCUACCAACCCCAGUCGGCUGAGGGACAACUUAUUCUCAUCAAAGAUGCACUCAACUAUUUUGGCAAAGAAUCGAUAUUGUCUCAAAAUUCAACCCCAAAACUGCCCCCAGAGACCAGCAUUUCAUAACUGUAUUUCAAAAAUUGCCAGGGGGAGACCCACUGACCUAGCUAAAUCGAGGGAGAUAUCCCCUCCUGUACCUCAAAAUUUAGACCAAAAAUGCACCAGAGGCCAUCAUUUCAUACCUAUAUUUCAAACAUAUCUAUGGGAGAUAUCACUCUAACCCCAUAACAGGAGCGGAGUACCCUCUCCCGUACCUCAAAAUAUAGACCCAAACUGCGCCAGAGGCCAUUAUUUCAUACGUGUAUUUCACAAAUUUCCAGGAGAUGACCCAUUAAGCCGCCUAAAAGGAGGGAGGUAUCCACUUGUCUACCACAUAAUUUCGACCCAAAAAGGCACCAGGGGCCGCCAUGUAUACCUAUAUUUCAAAAAUAUCCAGGUUGGAUUCUCACCUGACCUUCUCUAACAGGAGGAUUUGGUACCCUCUAGACCAAAAAUGCAACAGAGGCUGCCACUUCAUACCUAUAUUAAAACAAAAUUCCUUUAGGAGAUCCCCUAUCACAAGGGGAUACCCCCUUCCGUACUUAACCCUACUCCGCGCUAUGCGCAUCCACGAUGACGCAUUCGUUCUAAACUGGUGUCCCUAAUCAAUUUUUUCCUGGAUCCAAGCCUGUACCCUCUCUUUACUUUUCAUGUAAAUACAAAUGUACAUUUAUAGGUUUAUGGAAAAUUGAUUUUCAUUGUUUUUGUACAUGGGGUAUUUAUAGGUUUGUAUACCAGAAAAUUAAUUAUCUUAACAAUUUCAUAUCACUUUGCUAAAUUUCUUUUGUCAUAAUUAAUAAACUGUACCUAUUACAAG